AUGAUCUCGCAGAUUACAGUGCCUCGGCCCCACUGUGACAGCCGCGCCGUGGCUCACCGAGUCCUCCGGACAAGCCCUUCCGUUCAGUCCAAUGACCUGCAGCUGGUUCCGGACUCUGUCGCCGGGUUGGGCCGCUCCCCAAAGUACAGCCCGGCGGAAUGGUUCUCUAAUUACCAAACCAUUCUUGGACGGGCCGGUGCAGACAACCUGGAAGCCGAGAGCAUCCAGCAGCUGUCCAGAACCCUGAACCGAGACAGCGAGGGUCUGACCGUGCAGACGCAGGCCGAGGGGACGCGCCUGCUCGGGGAGAGACUGCAGGAGAUUCACCACUGCAGGUCUGAGCUGCAGAGGCACAUUGAGCAGCUGCAGGCGGACACGGAGGCGCUGCAGGCGGCGAGGACACGACUGGAGAGGGCGCUAGAGGCCACUGACACCCCGUACGCCAUUGCCACUGACAACCUGAACUGCAGGGCCAGGAGGCCAGGCCCAGACCUGGUCCAGGACUCUGUAGAGGAGGAGCUGCUCAAGGAGGUGGGCCUGAUCAGGAACGUCCAGGCUCUCCUGAAGAGGACCAUCACUCAGGUUGCUAGUCAGAUCAGGAGGAACGUGGAUGCCAAGCAGGUGCUGGAGAUGGACUGGUCUGAUAAACAGCAGGCUUACAGGCUGGACGAGCGCAGCGGCGGGCACAGCAACAGGAGUCCUGACACGCAGCUUCACCCCAGCUCGGCCGCCACUCAGGAGCAAGUCUGCAACCCGACCACAUGGACAAAGUUCACACAGGACAACCUACUGCAGGCGGCGCAGGAAGAGGAGGCGUCCUCACGGCUCAGGGUACUCGUGGAGGAAAUGCUGCGUGAAACCACCGAAGACCUAAUCAGCCAACGCUCCACUGUGGAUGGAGCGUUCAGCCAGCGCUGCCACGAGCUUCUGGAAGCAAAGACUGAGCUGCAGACGAGGCUCACGCAGGUCCUCCAGCAGAUUGGAGAGCAGGAGAAGAACAUAGUGGGUCUGCAGAAGGCCAUCCACCUCAAAGAGGCUCCGCUGAGAGUGGUUCAGUCCAGACUUCAUCUGCGCUCGCUCAGGCCGAACAUGGAGCUGUGCAGAGAUCCAGCCCAGCUCAGUUUGGAAGCAGAGGCAGCACAGAUCCAAACCACUCUGAACUCUCUGAAGCAAAAGCUGAGUGAGGCCAGAAGCUCCCUGAGUAACCUGGAGGAAUCCCGGAUGGAGCUGCAGAAAGACAUCAGCUGUAAAAACCACUCGCUCUUCAUCGAAGGGGAGAAGUGCAUGACUCAGCGCCAGCGUUUACCGCCCUCCUCCAGGCUGUCUGGAUACUGAACCUCCUGCACAACCACGACCUGAGCUUUACAGAUAUGAAACAUCCCUGUAUACAAUAGUCUUCUAUCAUCCAACAUUUAAUGUUUGUUUCUGUCCAAGUCCAUGAAGUUUUUUUGUUAUUUUGCAGUGAUCUGAUGUUGCUGACGAAGCAUUUUGUUGUUCUGUUUCUUCUAAUUUUAGUCUUCUCAUUGUCUCCUUCUCACAUCCAUUUUUCUGAUCUAUCUUUUUCAUGUUAAACAUUUUGUUUUGUUUCUCAAAUGUAACCUUUCUUUACAAGACUGACACUGUAUUAAUGAGAGAUGAAAGAUUUUUUUAAAUAUUGAUAUAUUGUGUUGUUUGGAGAAAAAAUGCUUGUCUGAGUUUUUUUUAGGUGGUUUCUGUGUUCAUCUUGUGUUUCUUUAUGGUUAUUUGUGUAAAUUCUGAAUGUUCCAAAAGACACUUGAAAAUAAAAUGUCCUCUUUUGUCGGACCUUCAUGUCCACAAAGGUUUCUGUGUUUGUUUUCUACUUGUGGU